AUGCAGUUCUCCGAGAUCCUUGGUCAAAAUUCUAUGAACUUGUACAAACGCUGGCAAAUCCUCAUAGUCGGUUCGUUAUUGAUUUUCCUCGCCGACUUUGGCUUCUUCCUCUCGAUUCCGCCGCAAACCAAGAUCUUCGAAGACAUUCUCUGCAGACAACAUUAUGCUGCAUAUCCGGCACAACCAUCGGAGCAGAACUGCAAGGUUGCUCCGGUUCAGAGCGAAUUGGCCCGGAUUAAUGGCUGGAAGGACACAUUUGACGCACUGCCGAGUAUACUCGUGGCGGUCCCGUAUGGCGCGCUGGCAGAUCGCAUCGGUCGCAAACCUUGUCUUCUCUUGUCGAUGUUCGGGGUGUUGCUGAGCGAGAUUUGGACGAGAUUCGUUUGCUGGUCGUCCUCUCUCCGGUUGGUCUGGCUGUCCGGCUUGUUUCGCCUGCUGGGCGGCGGCGACCUGGUCGUCUCAUCGAUUGUCUGCGUGAUGGUCGCAGAUGUGUUUCCUGAAGAUGAUCGGGCAACGGCGCUGUAUCGAUUGAGCUCAUUUAUCAUCCUGGGCGAAAUUCUGGCAACGCCGGUCAGUGCUGCAAUGAUGACAUGGUCGUGCUGGACACCAUAUCUCCUUGGUCUGGCCAUCGUUGCAUUUGGUCUGCCCAUAGCCUGCUUCCUGCCCGAGACGCUAGAUCGACAGAGUAUCGAACCGCAUACAGAUGAGACUCAGGCCUCCUUGGUCGAACGGCUACAGCAGCGGAUCCGGCAGUUCAGUCAUUUGGCGCGCUUUCUGUGGACGGGAAAUAUAAUCCUGGCGCUGUUCAUGUUUCUAACGAGUAGUCUCAGUCGCCAGUCAACCUCCCUCUUGCUUCAGUACUCAUCCGCUCGAUAUGACUGGUCCCUUGCUCAUGCCAGCCUCUUUCUUGCUCUCCGGGGCGUUGUCACCCUAUUUACAUUUGCAUUCCUGAUGCCGACCAUAACAGGAUUAUUGACUAGAGCCUUGCGCAUGUCCCCGACCGUGAAGGAUCGACGGAUGUCGCAAGCCAGCGGUAGCCUAUCGAUCAUAGGCUUCGUCUUGGUUGCGGUUGCCGCUGCACCCAGUUUAUAUGUCGUUGGUUUGGUGCUGCUCUCCCUUGGAUCGGCAUUUGUCGUCACAACGCGCAGUCUGGCUACGGCGCUCGUCCGACCGGACCAAAUCGGACGGCUGUACUCUGCGGCUGCCGUGGUUCAGUCCAUCGGGACAUUGGUUGCCGGGCCAUGGUUUGCUCAGCUGUUCGAUGUAGGCCUGCAGAUCGGAUGGCUGGGGUUGCCGUUUCUGCUAGCUGGGGUGCUUUUUGGUCUCGCGACUCUAGCAGUGUCACUAGUGAGGACGUAUGAACCGGUAAACGAGCCGGAACAAGAGCCUCUCCUGAGCGAUGAUGUGUAA